CUCCGUAAGGAGCAAAGCGCCCUCACUCGUACUAAAUGGGUCCACGGCGAGUGACCUCCGAGAUCAGCAGGGACUUAGACAGAACGUCAAAGAUGUGAGAGAAAGUGAGGGAUUUAUUUAGCAUCCCCUCUCUCCACCGAGUCAAUCUCCAGUCAGAAACUAUGGAACGCUUGCUUCUCUUCCUUCUGGUGGCUGUGUACAGUGCAACAGCGUCAUAUCGACCUGAGAAUCAGCCUCUCUGCAUUACAGUAGAAUCGGAAGCAUUAUGUCGGAACAAAUCCCUUAACAUUAUCCCAUUGGACCUUCCUCGUGACAUAUGGAAGCUGGAUUUAUCUGUUAACCACAUCCAGAAGCUGACCUUGGAGAAUUUGACUCAGUACAACUCCAUCCAACACCUGGACUUGGAGUCCAACCACCUGGAGUUUAUUCAGCCAGGAUCCUUUGCCUUUCUACCACACCUGGAGGUGCUUAACCUUGCAAACAACCUCUUGGACCUGAGCAAAGAUGGACUUGGGUUGCCGCAUGUUAAAAGGUUGGAGUUGUCCGGAAACAGUUUGUACACUGGCGUUGUUGAGGGUUUCCUCAAGGAGGCACCCUUGCUUGAGGAAGUAUCCUUGGCCAGGAACAGCAUCACCAAACUUUCAGAGAGCACAUUCCAAGGGAGCCCCUCAUUGACACACAUAAACCUGCAGCACAAUAUCAUCAUCAAGAUAGUCGGGGCUUUUCAGUCACUUUCCAAUCUGUCCGUCCUCAAUCUCGCCAUGAACUCCAUCCCCUGCAUCACCGAGUUUGACCUCAAGCAUCUCCAAGUCUUGAACCUGAAAAACAGCAUCGAGCUCUUCGUCAUAAAAGAAUCUGAUGAAGAGUAUCAUCUUCAGUGGUUGGAUCUCAGCGAUAACAACUUGCCCUAUUUUCCCACCUUCCCCAAGAGAAACCGCCUCAGGCACCUGGAUCUGUCGCGGAAUUCCAUCCAAGGAUUUUCCCUGGAUGCUGUCAGUCUCAGGAUGGACCAUCCAGGAGGAAGGUUGGACUGGAAUCCUGAAGUGAACCAAAGCCGCACCACCCCAACAGCGCACCUGUCCGAGUUGGUGUACUUGGACCUGAGCUACAACGAGAUAACCUCCAUCCCGUGGGAUUUCUUCCGGAGUAUGAAGUCCCUGAGGUUCCUCAACCUGAGCAAGAACUGCCUCCACAGCUUUGUGGUGGAUGAGAUGAAUGUAUUGAAUGCGCUGGUGAACCUGGACCUGAGUUCCAAUGCCCUGCAGAACCUCUCGCUGUCCAGCAGCAGUUUCCACCAUCUGAAAUAUCUCUACCUUCAAGACAACUACCUUCACAACCUGCCCUCUGAUAUCUUCAGUAGUCUCUCCAGCAUCCAGAUCCUUAGCCUUCAAAACAACAACAUCAGUGUUUGCCAGGGGAUUCCCAGGCAUAAGAACCGUAGGGAUGACUGCAUGUUUUUCUCUGGAAUCACUACACUUCGAUAUUUAUAUCUGCAUAACAACAACAUUAAGUACUUGCCUCCUCACGCAUUUCAUCAGACUCCCCUUACGGAGUUAGAUCUAUCUCAGAAUCCUGGGAUCUAUAUCCAUCCUGAGGGCUUCUCUGGCUUGGAAAUCCCCCUGACGUAUUUGUCCUUGGAAGGCAAUGGGCUGUCUUCGCUCAGUGUGAACCUGUCUCACUUUAACAACCUCAGAACGCUGCAUGUGUCCAAUAACCGACUGAGUGAGUUUCUGGUCACUGUCAGGAACCUCUCUUUGGAACACGUGGACCUGCGCAACAACACAUUGGACAGCUUGCAGGAGACAUCAAUGGAGAUGCUGAACGGGACCCUGCGGACCUUGCAGCUCUCUGGAAACCCGUUCAACUGCUGCCGGGCCACGUGGGUCAGGUGGCUGGCUCAGGUUGACGUGCCGGACAAGUGGUCAGUCCUGUGUUAUUACCCUUCUAUAAACGGGCACUCGCAGGCGUACUUGUUCAACGCUCAGCCCAACCUCUGCCAGGAGCUGCCCCUGGACUGGACAACCUGGGGCAUCUUAAUGCUGAUACUAGUGACUGUGCUCUUGGGCUUUGCCACAGUCCUGGGCUGCUGCCUGGUACACAGGCAGCGAGUCAACAAAAUGUUUGUACACCAUGUAAAAGCCUAGCUAGCUGAUUUAAUUUUGUCUUUGUCAAUGUGUAAAUGAAGUGAAAUGAGGAGAAUAAAUCUAUAUAUGGUUCUGUAUCCAUCUCCUAUUUCCCCUCCCAGCCCAACUCCAAGGGAUUUUUUUGGUGAAAAAUCCAGUUAUUUCCCAUUAACCUGACCUGUCUCCCAGGAGUGGCAGAUUUAUCAUCAACAACUGAUCCUCGGCAGCUUUCCCCAAGAGAUGACUUCAGAUCGGUAUAAAUGAUAGGCUGAAUGGCCUCUGUAAUGGUUCUAUGAACCUGUGCCUCCUUCAAUCUCUAGUCCUGAUAUGUUGGCCGUGGGACAGGUGCUUAACAACAGGGGAAUUUAAAUAAAAUGAGGCAGUGUAAACAUAAGCACGUUAACUCGAAACUCAACAGCGAGUUUGGGGGUCCAUGGUACUUCGGAAGCUAACUCAGUGUUGACUUUCAAAGAAAGUUUUUGGCAUGGAAAAGUGGGGCCAAAGGGCCUGUUUCCAUGCUGUAUUACUCCAAGAGUUGCAUAAGUACUUAAAAGGGGAAAAGAUUAUAGAGUGCCGGGAAAUGAGCAGGCAAGGGAGAAUGUAAAGUCUUUCAACUGCAGUGGGUUGAAUCACCUUGUUGCGUACUCGAGAGUUAUGUUGAAACAAGGUCACCCAUCUACUUCCUAUAAUUAUUUAAGGGAAUUAUUUUCUUGUUCCUUAAUAACUAUUGGGAAUAUAGUCUGAGUGUCCUCAUACUUAAUUAUAAAGAUUAGUGGCUCCUAAGUUCAAUUUCCAACCAGUCUCAACAUACUGGAUAAAAUUGCCCUCAAAGCUGCUCAGGUCUUCUCACGGUUUAUCCAAUGGCCAUGAAGAAGUACAUAGUUCAAGUACAUAAUUCCCUCCUUGUACUUCGUUCCUUGAAUUGGCAUCACAGGUAGACAGGGUGGAGAAGAUGGUAUUUGGCCCGCUGGUCUUCAUCAGUUAGGGCACUGAGUUAUAGGAGUUGGGACAUCAUGUGGAGUUGUAUAAGGUGUUGGUGAGGCUGCAACUGGACUAUUGCGUAGAGAUUUGGUUACCCUGUUAAAGGAAAGCUGUCAUUAAGCUGGAAAGACUGCAAAGAAGAAUUAUUAGACUGUGCCAGGUCUCAAGGGCCUGAGUUGUAGGGAGAGGUCGGGCAGGCUAGGACAUUAUUCCUUGGAGCCUAGGAGACUGAGGGGUGACCUUAUUGAGGUGUAUAACAUAAUGAGGGGCAUAGAGCGGGUGAAUGCACAGUCUUUUCCCAGGGAAAAGGAAUCUAAAACUGGAGUGCAUAUGUUUAAGGUGAGAGGGGAAAGAUUUAAAAGUGAUGUUUUUAACAUAGAGGAUGGUGCAUAUUUAGAACGAACUGCCAGAGAAAGUAGUUGAGGCAGGUACAAAGAUAAUAUAAAAAUUUUAUAUUUUAAAUUUAAAUUAGUUUAUUAUUGACACAUGUACCUAAGUACAGUGAAAAACUUUGUUUUUCAUGCUAUCCAUACAGAUCAUUUCAUCAUAUUGAAGUAGUACAAAGGAAAACAAUAACAGAAUGUAGAAUAAAGUGUUACAGUUACAGAGAAAGUGCAGUGCAGGCCGACAACGUGGAGAGGAAAGAUUUAGAGGGAUAUGGGCCAAAUGCAUGUAAAUGGGACGAGCUCAGAUGGGAUCUUGGUUGGAUGAGUUGGGCCUGUUACAAUGCUGUAUGACUCUAUGUCUCUACAAAGCAACGAACAGAGUGAGAUGUAAAAGGGUGGGGUGAAGCACAAUGGUUGACAUCAACCAACUGGACCAAGGGUUGAAGGGCCUGCUGAUGUCCUGCACAUUCUACUAUUUAUGGUGAUAUUUCCCAAUAACCCAAGAAGCUCGACUCUCAGACACAUGAAGCUGAGCUCUUUUUUUGGAUGAAGCAUGGGAGGGUUGCUAGUGAUCGUAGAAAACAUAGCGCAACAGUGUAUUGUGCCUUCGGAACUGAGAACUCUUGAGUCGUGCUGUGAACAACCUUUAAGAGAUAUCUUUAUUAGUCACAUGUACAUCAAAACACACAGUGAAAAUUCAUCUUUUGUGUAGAGUGUUCUGGGGGCAGCCCGCAAGUGUCACCACACUUCUGGCCCCAACAUAACAUGCCCACAAUUUCCUAACCCGUACGUCUUUGGAAUGUGGGAGGAAACCGGAGCACCCGGAGGAAACCCAUGCAGACACGGGGAGAACGUACAAACUCCUUACAGACAGCGGCCGGAAUUGAACCCGGGUCACUGGUGCUGUAAUACUAUUACGCUGGCCGUUAACAAUGUACAGUUGUUAAUCAGUACCAGAAAAAUGUAGUUUUAUUGCCAUUUCCUGCUUGCCUUCCUUCCACCUCAUGGGGUCCCUUCCACGUCUCUACACAGAUGCAGAGGAGAUUUACCAGGAUGCUGCCUGGAUUGGACAGCAGGUCUUAUGACGAAAGAUUGAGCGAACUUGGGCUUUUCCCUUUGGAAAGAAGGGGGAUGAGAGGUGACUUGAUAGAGGUGUACAAGAUGAUAAGAGGCAUAGAUCGAGUGGACAGUCAGAGACUUUUUACCAGGGCGACAAUGGCUAACACGAGGGGACAUAAUUUUAAGGUGAUUGGAGGAAGGGAUAAGGGGGAUGUCAGGGGUAAGUUUUUUACACAGAGAGUGGUGGGUGCGUGGAACACACUGCCGGCAGAGGUUGUGGGGUUAGAUACAUUAGGGACAUUUAAGAGACUCUUAAAUAGACACAUGAAUGAUAGAGAAAUGGGAGGAAAGGGUUAACAUUUGGGAGGGAAGGGUUAGGUAGAUAUUAGAGCAGGAUAAAAUUUCAGCAUAACAUUAUGGCCCGAAGGGCCUGUAAUGUGCUGUAGUGUUCUAUGUUCUACAUCAUUUAUUGGUAGAUAAUUCAGGCAGGGAAGAACUCAAACAGAACUUGCAAAGAAAAAUCCACUUGAUUGUCGAACCCAGCAAGGCAUUAUAAGAACUUGGAGAAAAGAAGAAGCAAACAUUUGUCAACACCAGGGCUGCAGAGUGGCGCAGCUGGCAGAGCCACUGCCUCACAGUUCCAGAGACCCAGGUUCAAUCCCAACCUCCGGUGCUGUCUGUGUGGGUUUGCACGUUCUCCCUGUGACUGCACGUAUCUCCCCCUGGGUGCUCCGGUUUCAUCCCAUAUCCCAAAGACGUGCUCGUUGGUGGGUUAAUUGGCCUCUGUGAACUGUGUGUAGAAUCUGGGGGGGAAUUGAUGAGAAUGUGGAGAGAUUAAAAAUGGGAUUAACGUAGGAUUGAUGCUUGAGACGCACUCUGUGGGCUGGAGGGCCUGUUUAUGACUCAAUGAUGCCUGUUAAAAAGAUUGAAGAAGGAAAGGAGCCCCACAGUUUUCAGAAGGAGCCAGGUGACAUAGAUGUGAGAAUGAAAAUGAAAUGGAUAUGUUCUACUGAAGAAGUUAAACCGUAAAGAAUUAUGCUUCUCUGCAUUGUGCUGGAACUAGUACCUUCAAUAGGGCCGAAUGGCCUUCCUUGCUCAAGUAGAUCAUGCCUGAGUGACUUCAUCUCCAUCUCCUUGCCUUUGUUCCUUAACCCUUAAUACACUCGCAAAUAAGAUAAUUAUUUAUUAGUCACAUGUACAUUGAAGCACACAGUGAAACGCAUCUUUUGCGUAGAGUUUUCUGUGGCAGCCCGCAAGUGUCGCCACGCUUCCGGCGCCAACAUAGCAUGCCCACAACUUCCUAACCCAUAAGUUUUUGGAAUGUGGGAGGAAACCGGAGCACCCGGAGGAAACCCACGCAGACACGGGGAGAACGUAAAAACUCCUUACAGACAGCGGCGGGAAUUGAACCCGGAUCACUGGCACAGUAAUAGCAUUAUGCUAACCGCUACACUAUGGUGCUGCCCAAAUAAAAAUGUAUGGAUGCUCUUCUCCUGAAGUCAAUGGUGUAAAUUGGUAAAUUGGUUUAUUAUUGUCACAUGUACUGAGGUACAGUGAAAAACUUGUCUUGCAUACCGUUUGUACAGAUCAAUUCAUUACACAUUGAAGUAGUACAAGAGAAAACAAUAACGGAAUGCAGAAUAAAGUGUAACAGUUACAGAGAAAGUGCAGUGCAGGUAGACAAUAAGGUGCAAGGUCAUUAAUAAGGUAGAUUGUGAGGUCAAGAGUCCAUCUUAUCGUACUAGGGAACCAUUCAAUGACCUUAUAACAGUGGGAUAGAAGCUGUCCUUCAGCCUGGUGGUACGUGUUUUUCAGGCUUUUGUAUCUUCUGCCCGAUGGGAGGGGGUAGAAGAAAGAAUAAUCUGGGGUGGGAGGGGUCUUUGAUUAUGUUGGCUGCUUUACCGAGGCAGUGAGAAAUGUAGACAGAGUCCAUGGAGGGGAGGCUGGUUUCCGUGAUGUGCUGAGCUGUGUCCACAACUCUCUUCAGUUUCUUGCAAUCACAGGCAGAGAAGUUGCCAAACCAAGUCGUAAUGCACCAGAUAGGAUGCUUUCUAUGGUGCAUAAAAAUUGGUGAGGGUCAAAGGGGACAUUCUGAAUUUCUUUAGCGUCCUGAGGAAGUAGAGGUGCUGGUGAGCUUUCUUGGCCGUGGCAUCUACAUGGUUGGACCAGGAAGUUCAGGUACUUCAGGUGCUCUGGAUGUAGUCAGCCUGGGAACUGAUAAUAUGAACUUGCUCACAUCACACGCAACAAUCGGUGAUUAGCUUGCUGACGUCAUCAUGUCUAGUAAAACAAAGAGAGCUAUGAGUGCACUGAUAUUAUUGCUAUGGUUCAUAAUAUACAUUUAAGCAAAAGGCAAUGUCCACUAUCUUAUCAUGUGUAUGUAAUUUGAUCUUAAUUGAGAGAUUUGGCUGAAGAGGGAAACUAAUGUAAGCAGAAAUCUGCCCUGAUAAAAAGGAGUAAGAAUUGAAUUGUAAUACCAACUUACAUUGAGUCAGGAUCAGAGUCAUACAACACAGAAACAGGCCCUUCAGCCCAACUCAUCCAUGCUGGCCAAGAUACCCAUCUAAGCUAGUCCCAUUAGCUCGCAUUUGACCCAUAUCCCUCUGAACCUUUCUUAUCCACGUACUUGUCCAGAUGUCUUUUAAAUGUUCUUAACGUACCUGCCUCAACCACUUUCUCUGGCAGCUCAUUGCAACCUCUGGGUGAAAAAGUUUCCCCUAAAGUUCUGAUUAAAUCUCUCCCCCUCUCACCUAAACCUAUGCCCUCUAAUUCUUGAUUCCCCAACCCUGGGAAGAAGACUGUGUGCAUUCACACCCUAAUGAUUCUAUAUACCUCUAUAAGAUCUCCGUCUCCUACAUGCUAAGGAAUAAAAUCCUAGUCUGUCCAACCUCUCCCUAUAACCCAGUCCCUUAAGUCCUGGCAUCAACUUUGUAAAUCUUUUCUGCACUCUUUCCAGCUUAAUGGCAUCUUUCCAAUAACAGGGUA